CCUGCAGGCGAUCGCCAGCGCCCCCCGCUUCGAUUGGACGCAGCCGAGGCCGGUGCCUCACGAUUGGUCAGCCUUGAGGCAGGGGCGGAGCCUAGAUCCUGCAGCGGGGCGGCAGGGAUGCGGCCAAAGCCCGGGAAGCUGCUGUGGGGGCGAUGGCCGCACCAAGCCCCGGGCCUCGCGAGGUCCUGGCCCCCUCCCCAGAGGCUGGACGCAGAGCAGCCACAUCAAGCUCCAGCCGGCGUGGCAUCCUCUGGCGCCUUCGAGACAAGCAAUCACGCCUGGGUCUGUUUGAGAUCAGCCCAGGGCAUGAGCUGCAUGGGUUGACAUGUAUGAUGCAAGCAGGGCUCUGGGCAGCCACCCAGGUCUCUGUAGACCACCCACUCAUGGGGCUGCCCUCCCAGGAGGAUUUUUCUGAGGUCCUGACCCAGGUUCAUGAGGGCUUCGAGCUGGGCACCCUCGCUGGCCCAGCCUUCGCCCGGCUGCGGCGCUCCCUUGGUCUAGCUGAAGAGGACUAUCAGGCUGCGCUGGGCCCCGGCGGCCCCUACCUGCAGUUUCUCAGCACCUCUAAGAGCAAGGCCAGCUUCUUCCUGUCCCACGACCAGCGCUUCUUUCUGAAGACCCAGCGGCGCCGGGAGGUGAGGGUGCUGCUCGCCCACCUGCCCCGCUACGUGCAGCACCUACAGCGGCACCCGCACUCGCUGCUAGCCCGGUUGCUGGGAGUCCACAGCCUGAGGGUGGCCCAGGGAAAGAAGAAAUACUUCAUCAUCAUGCAGAGCGUCUUCUACCCCGCCGGCCGCAUCUCCGAGAGGUAUGAUAUCAAGGGCUGCGAGGUGAGCCGCUGGGUGGAGCCGGCCCCUGAGGGCAGUCCCCUUGUCCUAGUGCUGAAGGACCUCAACUUUCAGGGCAAGACCAUCAACCUGGGGCCCCAACGGAGCUGGCUUCUCCGCCAGAUGGAACUGGACACCACCUUCCUCCGGGAGCUCAACGUGCUGGAUUACAGCCUGCUGAUGGCCCUCCAGUGUCUCCAUGAGGACGAGAGGGGCCAGGGCAGCUGCCUCAUCUUCCGCAUGGCCAGGUCUGUGCAAGGGGCGCAGGGCCCGGAGGAGCCGGAGGCGCAGAACCGCCGGCUGCUGCCAGACGCCCCCAACGCCCUCCACAUCCUGGACGGGCCCGAGCAGCGCUAUUUCCUGGGCCUAGUGGAUCUGGCCACCGUCUACGGGCUUCGCAAGCGGCUGGAGCACCUGUGGAAGACGCUGCGCUACCCGGGCCGGACCUUCUCCACCGUCAGCCCGGCUCGCUACGCCCGUCGCCUCUGCCAGUGGGUAGAGGAGCACACCGAGUGACCAGCACCUGGCCUCCUUCUCCUUUUCGGGAAAUGGGCGCACGCCAGGAACGCUGGUUCCCGCCGGCCCGGGCAGCCCGCCUGCCAUUCCUCCGGAUGGCCAUCAGAGGGCAGCAUCCGCCAACCAGCUCUGCUCCUUUUGCUGGUGGUGCUGGGCCCCGUGUCGCGUCGAGGAUUUCCCUAUAAUCAGUUCCUUUAAUCCUCAAAAAAUGCCACUAUUCUCUCUUUACAGACCAUGAAAUGGAGGCUCAGGGGUGAAGGCACUGAGCAAGAUUAUUCAGCAAUAAAUGCUGGAACCAGGACUCCACCAUGCCUUUUGGACCAGGGAGCCUGUAUUCUUGGGCACCGGCUCCCGGGCCCUAUCCUCAUGCUCCGGGGAAGGGGGGAGGCUGAACGCCCUUCCCCUCGUCAUCCAUGUGGGGAAACAGAGGCCCAGAGGCCUGAAGGGGUAAGUGGCCAGUUCAGCCCUGAGUACCCAGGCCUUACUCCCUCGGAGGUGGGAGAAGGUCGGGGGAGGGGGCUUCUUGGAGCUCUGGGAUACAUUUUAAAAGUGCACCAUUUAUCUCCAGUGAGCUCUGCCCUCCUCUGAGAGUCAUUUUUCUCAUCUGUGAAAUGGAGGCAAGCGUCAGUUGUCAGAACAAAGGUCUGGACUGCACAAAUACUACUAGGAUCCGUUCCUAGCCCCAUAUCACCCCCUCUCCCUCCUCCAGGAAACUCCAGCCUGGCCUCUGACCCCAGUCCAAUCCAACCAGGCCCAAGCGGGCCUUUCCUUCAGCUGCUCUAGGCUGUGUGACCAGAGCAAGGUGCUAAACCUCUCUGUGCCUCAGUGGUUUAAUGUGUGAAGUUGGAAAGGAUGAAGAGACCUCAUUAAUUCAUUAAAUAUUUAUUGAGCACCUGC